CACGUUCCAGUGGCAAUUGUCAAUCCAAUUGUCUCUCAAACAAGAGCAAGAGCAAUGGUCGCACAUACGGGUUUGCAGAACAUAUAAAUCACGCGACUCAGAAUAUCCAGGAGAUCAAAUCCACAUCAACACCGUAUCAAGAAACUUAUAGACAGACAAAUAAAGAGACAUACUGGUCUUUUCUACUAGAGACUGUUUUGAGACACACGGUCCAGAGCCAGGCCUGGCCCCAGAGCCGUGGAUGUUGUAGCGCACGCUAAGGAGGACGUGUUCUGACCACAUGCAGGAUGUAGAAGAAAGACAGCAGUCCAGACGGACUCUAGUCUGCCUUCUACAAGCCUUAGAAGGCCGUAAUACAACGAUUGAGCUGCGGAACGAGACCUCUAUCGAUGGGCGUGUCGUUCACGUUGACGGCAUGAUGAACGUUGCUCUAGCAUCUGCAACCUUCAACACACCCGAUGGGACAAAACUGGAAUUACAGGAUGCAUUCAUUCAAGGCCGUCAGAUACGAUACGUUCACAUUCCCGAAGACAUCGACAUAAUGCAGGCCAUUCGGAAACAAAUAAGCGAACUGACGACUAGAAAACCGAGCGAAGCGAGGCGACGAACUCGAGGUCGAGGCCGAAGUAGAGCAAUACGGCGUCACUAGCCCACAUCCAGGAACACAAAUUGCGUUGAGAAUGACUAUUUAUCUGUAACCAGAUUUUUUCAGGUAAUUAAUAAUAAUAGAAAAUGCAUGGCUUCUCAGCUCUAGACAUAUAUGUUGAUCUAUGGACUAUAAACACUUGACCAGAGUUAUUGUUGCCAUGGUGAUUGUGUCAAUUGUGACAUCAGGCUUCAAAAAUUGUGGCACCUAGCUUGGAGAAUAUUA